AUGCCUCACGUCACUCCCGAUCCGAUCGCUCCCAUGCGGUAUGUGCAAAACCAUAUCACUAGAGGCUCUAGUAGCUCCCACUUCCGUCCUUCCCGCCGCUCCCGUCACCCCUGUCCCGUCACUUCCGUCCCUCCCGCAAUCCCUCCCGUCCUCCGCGUCGCUUCCGUCCCUCCCUUCCUCCCCGUCGCUUCCAAUCCUUCCGUCCCUCUCGUCGCUUCCGUCGCUCCCGUCCCUCUCGUCGCUUCCGUACCUCCCGUCACUCCAGUCGCAUCCGUCCCUCAUUUCCUCUCGUGUUUCUCUUCCCUCCCGCCCCUCAUACGCAUCGCUCACUCGAUCCCGUCGCGCACUCCCUCCUGUCGCUCACUCAAACCCACCGCUCACACAGGGCAAACGCCUCAUUGA